UGUUUUACCCACCGUGAGUUAAAACUUGAAACCCUCGUUAUUCUUGGAGAUCUGGCUUUUCUCAUUCACGAGUUUUUCUGCAAGCCGGCGAGUGGCAGUAAGGCGGUUUUCGAUUACACUCACGGCGGUUGCCGAUUACAUACAAGGCAGUUUCGUGAGCAUUUCUUAAGCGGUCAGAUCUCUCAUGCGCUGCAUGUAAUGCGAUCGAAACCCGCAACUUGCCUUCACUCGUGGCUUAAAAAAUGGCUGCGUCAAUCAGAUUAAUUUUCUAGACUGGAUUUUUCGUCUUUUCUAGUUUUGGCGCGUGCCUUUUGGUGGAUCUCCGAGCUGUUGUCUCUUCUAAGUUUGGCGGGCAAGUAAUUACACUGGGGCAGCGUAAAGCUCAAGAAGUCGAUUCCGGCGACGACUGUUGUUCAGUGAAAGCUUUGAGCGUUGUUUGUCUCGGCAGAAUGCAUGAGAAGUCUUUGUGCUUCCAGAAUAAUCUAUCCCUCCAUUGUAAGGAUUGAGAGGGACUGAAAGAAUCCAGCGCCGUUGGGAAAAUGGCGUCGAGGUUCGAAACUCGUGGCAGGCGUCCCAAGAUUCUUGAGGCGCCAAAGGAGCCGCCUCGACCAAAAUCGCAUUGGGAUCAUGUCUUAGAGGAGAUGGCGUGGCUUGCAAAGGACUUUGAAGCAGAAAGAAAAUGGAAAUUGAGUCAAGCAAAGAGAGUGGCUAUAAGAGUUAGUAAGAGUGGGUUAGACCAAGCUUCUAGGGGAGAGAAGCGUCUAAAGGAGGAGGAGCAGCGUAGUCGGAGGUUGGCCAGUAACAUUGCAAAAGAUGUCCGGAAGUUUUGGAUGAAGAUUGAAAAACUGGUUCUUUACAAGCAUCAGCUAGAACUUGAAGAAAGAAAAAAACAUGCACUCGACAAGCAACUAGAUUUUCUUCUGGGUCAAACUGAAAGGUACUCUACAAUGCUUGCUGAGAAUCUUGUAGACUUACCUCCGUCUCAUGAAGAAGAACCUCAACUGCCAUUGGAAUCGAGAUCUCUAAAACUUGGAAAUGAAGCAUCUGAUCAUCACAAUGAAGAUGGGGGUGAUCAUUUUUCUAAUGAGAAUCUGACUGCUUCGCAUCUUUCAUCUUCUCCAUCUCAGAUGCAUUAUUCAGAUGAAGUUGAACACCUGAAAGGUCAUACACAAAGCCCCUCCAACAAUGAGGAUCCAGAGGAGGAGUUCUUUCUCAGCAGUGCAGAUUAUGUGGAAGAUGAUGAAGAAACAUUGGAAGCUGAUGAAGCACUGAUAACUGAAGAUGAACGAAGAGCGGAACUUGCAGCUCUUCGAGAUGAAAGUGAUUUACCAUUAGAGGAGCUUCUUAAACGCUACAGGCAUAAUGAAGGUAGUGAGAGUGCAGAGAAUCAUUCUGAAAAUGAUACUGAAGAACAUGAACCGGAUUUUGAGGAUAAUACAUCAAAGUCUGAAGCAGUAACAAAACACAUUGGCUUUGUGGAGGAAAGUAAUGAAGAAGGUGUACGUAAGACAAAUUUUCAAUCUACGAGAGAGGAGACUACUAAUGAGCACCAUGAAAACAACGAAUUAGGUGAUGAAAGUAGUCUUUCUGGAGCUCUAUUACCUGCUUCUGAUGGUGUGCAAGAUAUUACCCCUACUGACCAGAAUUUGAAGGUCAGAAGUUUGACUAGUAGACAGAGGACAGCUAUAGAGGAUACAAUCACACUUGACUCGGGAAAUGAAACGGAUGAUGGGGAGUAUAUCAAUGGCGCUCUUGCAGGAGAAGAAGAGGAUGAUGAAGGUACUUUGCUUGAAGAGGAGGAGUUGGCUAGAAAAGAAGGUAACAACACAACCACAGAGAUUGAAUUUUUGAAGGCAGAGAGUGAGUUGCCAAUUGAAGAACUGCUUGCUAGAUAUAAGCAGAAUGAAUGCUUGGCUGAAGAUUCUGAUGAACUGGAGGAUGCUGAUGAACCAGAGGAUGUGGACAAACUGGAGGAUGCAGAUGGGAUCUCAGAAGCUGAUCAUUAUGACACAAAUGCAAGCCCCAGUGGACAACUAGAGAAUGCUGAUAACAGCAGAGGAGAAAAACCAAAGGAAUUUUUGUCAAUCACAGAAGAGAAACAAGAUAGAGAAGGUGUCAAGGUAGAAGCUGGUUCUCCGGAAAUCAUCAAAUUGCAGGAAAAUGCAGAUAUAGGAAAUUCUAGUGAAGUUAGAAUUGCUGAUGCUGCAGCUGCUGCACGGUUGGCACAACCAACAGGCAAUACAUUCUCUACAACCAAAGUACGGACAAAACUGCCAUUCCUUCUGAAACAUUCCCUUCGUGAAUAUCAGCAUAUUGGAUUAGAUUGGCUGGUCACUAUGUACGAGAAACGUCUAAAUGGUAUUUUAGCAGAUGAAAUGGGGCUUGGUAAGACAAUAAUGACAAUUGCACUUUUAGCACACUUGGCAUGUGAAAAAGGAAUAUGGGGUCCACAUCUUAUAGUGGUCCCUACUAGUGUUAUGUUAAAUUGGGAAACUGAAUUCAUGAAAUGGUGUCCUGCUUUCAAAGUCCUUACCUACUUUGGGAGUGCAAAAGAAAGGAAGACUAAAAGACAGGGUUGGGCAAAGCCAAAUUAUUUCCAUGUUUGUAUAACAACUUAUAGACUUGUGAUACAAGAUGCCAAAGCAUUUAAACGGAAAAAAUGGAAGUACCUUAUUCUAGAUGAGGCUCACCUGAUAAAAAAUUGGAAAUCUCAAAGGUGGCAGACACUUUUGAACUUCAACUCAAAGAGGCGAAUUCUUUUGACAGGAACUCCACUUCAGAAUGAUCUAAUGGAACUUUGGUCUCUUAUGCAUUUUCUGAUGCCUCAUCUUUUUCAAUCCCAACAAGAAUUUAAAGAUUGGUUUAGCAAUCCAAUAUCUGGCAUGGUAGAGAGACAAGAACAAGUGAACAGAGAAGUUGUUGAUCGUCUACACAAUGUAUUGCGGCCUUUUAUACUACGCCGCUUGAAGCAAGAUGUGGAAAAACAGCUUCCCAAGAAAUAUGAGCAUGUAAUAUGCUGCAAACUGUCAAAAAGACAGCGCAACUUGUAUGAGGAUUUUAUUGCAAGUUCAGAAACACAAGCAACCUUGGCAAGUGGCAAUUUUCUUGGGUUGAUUAAUGUUCUGAUGCAGUUACGCAAGGUGUGUAAUCAUCCAGAUCUGUUUGAAGGAAGGCCAAUAAUAAGUUCAUUUGAUAUGCCAGUUCUUGAACAAAAAGUAAGCUCAAAUGUUUGUUCCAUACUUAAUAAUGAGCCAUAUUCAGCAAUUGAUUUAGUGGGGAUGAAUUUAGUCUUCACUCAGCUUGAGUUUACAAUGAACUCGUGGGAGCAUGAUCUUGUCUCAGACGUUGCUACCCCAUCUAGUUUGAUUCAGGAGAUUGGCAAUUCAAAGGAUGAAGAAAUGUCACGUUUUGUUCAUAGGCAGGAACCAAUGCAUAGAAGAAACAUUUUUGAGGAGAUUCAGCAUUCUAUUAAUGAAGAAAGAUUGAAGCAGGCAAGGGCACGGGCAGCGGCCAUGUCAUGGUUAAAUUCGUUGCGCUGCAAGAAGAAGCCUGUAUAUGGAAUGGAUUUAAGAAAAUUGUUGACCAUUGAGAAUCUUGUGUAUGAUAUUCAUAAAAAAAAGAACAACCCAGCAAGUCAUCUGGACUUUAUGCCAAGUAUUUCCGAUCUGGUUUUAUUGCCUACUGAACGGUGUCAAAAGAUGUUGGACUUGAUCGAAUCUUUUGUUUUUGUAAUUCCAGCUGCACGAGCUCCUCCGCCUGUUUUCUGGUGCAGCAAAUCUGAAGAAUCUGCCCUGAGUUUUCCAGGUUUUGAAGACAAUUGUUCCAAAGAGCUUAGUAAUCUUCUUGAACCUCUCAGACCUGUUAUUGUGCGCAGGCAGUUAUUUUUUCCAGAUAGGAGGCUUAUACAAUUUGACUGUGGUAAGUUGCAGGAGAUGGCAAUACUACUGAGACGCUUGAAGUCAGAGGGGCAUAGAGCACUGAUAUUUACACAGAUGACAAAAAUGCUUGAUGUCUUAGAAGCCUUUAUCAAUCUUUAUGGUUAUACGUAUGUUCGUUUAGAUGGCUCUACUCAGCCAGAAGAGAGACAAAUACUGAUGCAGCGAUUUAAUACUAACCCUAAAAUCUUUCUUUUUAUUCUUUCAACUCGAAGUGGUGGUGUUGGGAUAAAUCUUGUUGGUGCAGAUACGGUCAUAUUUUAUGACAGUGAUUGGAAUCCUGCAAUGGAUCAGCAAGCCCAAGAUAGAUGCCACCGUAUAGGACAAACACGUGAAGUUCAUAUUUAUAGACUGAUUAGUGAGAGAACAAUCGAAGAGAAUAUUUUAAAGAAAGCAAACCAGAAACGUGCACUUGAUGAUUUGGUGAUACAAAGUGGUGGCUAUAAUACCGAGUUCUUCAAAAAGCUUAAUCCUAUGGAGUUAUUUUCUGGUCUGGGAGUGAGAACAGAUAAAGGAACCAUAAGCAGUUCUGAUCCUGUAAACCAUGAAAGUGAGCAUCAAUUGUCAAAUGCAGAUGUUGAGGCUGCUUUGAAGAAUGCAGAAGAUGAAGCAGAUUAUAUGGCCUUAAAGAAAGUUGAACUAGAAGAUGCAGCUGAUGAUCAGGAAUUCACAGAGGAGGUAGUUGGAAAGCUACUAGAAGAUGAUGAGUAUGCCAAUGAGACGGAGGAAACAAAAAAUGAUGCAAAGGGAGGAGCCCAUGAUGAGGAAGAGCAGAUAGAAUUGAAAGAUGUUUGUGACGCUGAUGUCACUGAGGUUGAAGAUCCACCCAGUUGUAGUACAGCUGUUGUUCCAGAGGUAGAUAUGAUGGGGGAUGUACAACAAAUGGUGGUUGCUGCAGCUGCAGCAGGCCAUGCAAGCUCAUCAAUUGAAGACCAUCUUCUUCCAGUUGAGAAAUAUGCUAUGCGAUUUUUAGAUCUUUGGGAUCCAAUUAUAGAUAAGGCUGCUGUUGAAUCUCAGGUUAGAUUUGAGGAAGCAGAGUGGGAGUUGGAUCGACUUGAAAAAUUAAAGGAGGAGCAGGAAGCAGAGAUUGAUGAAGAUAAUGAGCCUCUGUUCUAUGAAAGCUGGGAUACUGAGUUUGCUAAUGAAACAUACCGCCAACAGGUUGAGGUGUUAGCUCAACAGCAGUUGCAAGCUCAGCUUGAAUGGGACUUGGGCGAUGAAGCAGGUGGAGAGCCAGAAAUGUUUGAAGCCAAAAAAUCACUGAAACUUAAGUUGAAAAAGAAGUUGAAGAAGACCAAGUUCAAGUCCCUAAAGAAGAAUAACUUGGCUACAAGACAGGAUGAUUCAUGCAUGGAUGAGGACCAACCAGACAACUUAACUCUAGAUCACGAGGACAACUUUGAAAAUGGGGAAAUUUCUGGCCACACUUUCUUGCAACGGAAACGUAAAGCUCUCAAGCUCUUUGAAGAUGAUAUGUUUCCAAAAAGCAACUCAAAGAAGUCCAAGAAGAAUCAUGCAAGUGGAGAGCUUGAUUUGGAUGGGAACAAAAAUGCACAGUUUAUGGACAUUGACCAGUGUGGUGAUGGUGAUUUAGAGUUGGCUUUAAAUGAAUUUGGUAUGGGCACAAGUAAAGUAGGUGGCAAGAUUUCAAUCAUGGGUAUUCCUUCUAAAAAGGUUUCUAUAAUAAAGCUGGAUAAGAAAAAGAAAAAAGGUAAUCGGAAAUCAAGAGAUCGUCUUCCUCCAGCUGAUCCAUGGACAACUUCAGAAGAUGCUGUUUUAUGUGCUAUAGUGCAUGAAUACGGUAUAAAUUGGGCACUAGCAAGUGAUACUCUCUAUGGAAUAUCUAGUGGUGGGUUUUACAGAGGCAGGUACCGCCACCCUAUUCACUGUCGUGAAAGGUUUGGAGAACUGUUUCUUAAUAACAUUUCAAGUACCAAUACUGAUUCAAACAGUGAGAAAGCUAAUUCAUCUGCCAAGACACAGUUAAAAGUUACGGAGGAACAUGUCAAAAGAUUGCUAGACAUUGUCCAAGAACUCCCUGAUAAUGAGUUACUUAUACAAAGACACUUUGCAGCGGUGCUUUCUGCUGGUUCUCAUGUCAGGAAUGGGAUUCUCAAUAUCAAAGCCCGAAAUGAAAAUUUCACCAACAAUAUAUGUGUUUCUUUUGGUGGCCACUCAAUUCCUAUUUUAAAGCUUCCUUCUCAUGCCAUAAAUGUAGAUCAAGCAAUUAGAAGCAUAGGUCAUUCAAACAGAAAUACAGAACUAGUUGCAGCAGCAUUGGCUGAGUCAUGGAAACAACAGGCAGAUGAACCAUGUGAAGUGGCUAACCUUUCAGAUCAGGGAGCCUCUGUGCAAAGCCCAUUGGGAGAAGAACAGAGAUUUCUGGCAGUAGACCGGCUAGAGUUGAGUGUGGAGUUUCCUCAGAUAUCUGAUGAACCAGCUGAACUUCCUUUUCCAAAGCAUAUCACUGUGAUUAUAGAUGGGGCAGAUACACAUCCUGAACCUUUAGAUACAUCUGGCAACUUUGUUCGUGAGAAUGCAUGUGGCCUGAAUGGAAAUCAAACAAGGAGUGAUUUAGAGACUGUUUUAGAUGAGGAAGCUCAGAUUUGGGCAGCUGGGUCAUUUUCUGGCACCACGGGGUCUAUCUCUGGGACAAACCCACAAGUAUUAGGGAAACAUCAGCCUGCCACGGAUUUAACAAAGCCUCCAAAACCUAAGCAACCUCGCCUUUUGGAUUUGAAUCAGCGGCUAGUGGAGACUGAUACAGGAACUCAGGAUUCUAAUGAAGCAGAUGGAGAAGUUGAAGAGACUGAAGUAACAAUGGCAGUCGAUAGUGCAGCGUUAGUUUCUGAGCUGAAAGUUCAUCUGGGUUCUCUCUCUGAUAAUUUGAGUAUGAUACCUUUGGGUGAAGUUGAUGAUGAGGAUUUCAAUUGGUUGGAUACUUUCUUUGGUCCUUGUAGACCAUUUUAUGACGCACAAAUAAUUUCUCAUCAUUAUGAGGCUUGUGACUCUGAUUUUAUUGUAAGCAGCGACUUGGGGAAUCUUGCAAGCAUUGGAUUUGAGGAAUUGUUUCGCUAGGCUGCAUGGUAUCAAGUAAAGUUGUUUAAGCUGAUAAUGAUGGAAUGAAAGAGGAUCAAAUGGAAUUAUGCAAGUUAUCCAGUAGUGUAUGGUAACAAUAUCUUGUGACUAAUGUCAUUACGCUUUUGUCAGAGGAAGGCAGAUGGGUCACUCUUGGGUUUUGCGAUUAUUGUUCAGCUGAAUGGUAUUGGUAGGUUGUGACUGGAGAUUGAUCCUUGUCGGAGUAAUCCAUUGAGAUUGUGUGGGCCUUUUAUAUUUAUAAUAUGGCUUAUAGUCAGAGUUUGAAAGACAAGCAGCCACUAUUUAUCUAAUUUUGUUGCUGGAUGUUCACAAUUUGUGGAUGCUACUUUUCAGGAAGUGGUAAAAUUAUUACCGUUCAUCACCAUCAUAAACUCUAGUUGAUCUAUCCCAGUUGUAUUAACUUUACCUCUUUCAAGAAUGAUGAAUUGUAACAUAUUCAAGGAAAAUAGUGGUCGUUUUCAUAGGCUUGUUUUUAAAUGGGCCAAGCAGCAAUGUUUAAAUUGCUGGCAAUAACACUUGAUUAUGCCUUCGAUGAGAAUGAUAAAUUGUAACAUAUCGUUAGGUUGUAGCCCUUUAAAUUUGUUUCAGUGGGCUAAGAAGCAAUCCCUGAAUUACCUGCAACAACAUAUGAUUUUUUUGGGGAAUGAAAGCAAUUUUUUUAUCAUC